AGAGAAGUGCCAAAAUAGUAGAGAAAUUAACCAAGUUGUCGAAAUUUGUCAUGUAGCUGCUGUUGCCUGCCGCGUCCUUAUUUUUUGAAUAUCUGCUCCCUCGCUCCUUCCCACCGUCCAAAGUCCAAACUAGACGCCCACAUCUCACCUUAUAAACGUGAAUCCCCCGCCAUUCACUCUCUACACAGUUUCUGCACAGUCCACUCUUCACAGAACUCCACACUUUGAACCUCGGGAAACAUUGUAUUCAUACUACAGUACCUAAAAAAAAAUUCAUAUAGGGAUCAUUCCAUUUCUUCUACGUAUAUAUCUGAAACUAAGUGAUUGGAAAGUCACAAUGUCGGUGACGUCGAGAAUGCCGGAGCUCCAAAUGCACAACAAAUGGAAAGAUAGAGAAAUCAGCCCUGAACGCACUAAAGUUUGGACUGAACCUUCUAACCAUAAGCUCAAAUCUGUCCGCAAAGUACCGGUUCUUUACUAUAUCUCCAGAAACGGCCAACUUGAACAUCCCCAUUUCAUGGAAGUUCCUCUUUCCUCCCCUGAUGCCCUUUAUCUCAGAGAUGUAAUCAACCGCUUGAAUUGUCUUCGUGGAAAAGGCAUGGCCUCUAUGUAUUCCUGGUCUGCUAAAAGAAGCUACAGAAACGGAUUCGUGUGGCAGGAUUUGACGGAGCACGAUUUUAUAUACCCAGCACAGGGUCAAGAGUACAUUCUGAAAGGAUCACAGCUUCUCGAUAGCGCAUUACCUUCACAACCCGACGAAAUAGCAUGUUCUGGUCUGAGAAAUCCGGCGCCGGAAGUACGGAAAAUCAGCGAAGAUCGUGAGUUUCCGGCAAUCCCAAGGCGUCGGAACCAGUCGUGGACUUCCUCCGAUUUCCACGAAUACAGAGUGUACAAGGCAGAGUCCACCGGCGAAUUGAUCGGAAGAGCCUCCAGCGACGCGUCGACUCAGACAGACGAUCGUCGCCGCCGGCGAAGAGCAAUGCGAAUUGUCGAAGAAGAUGAAAAGUUGAGAGAAGACCGGACCGUUGAACCUGACGUGGUCGAAAAGAAUCAAAAACGGUCGAUGGAGCUGAAGAGAGGUGAAAUUUCACCACCACAGUCGGAUUCAAGCUCUGAAAUGUUAGAGACGUUGAUGAAAGCGGACAGGAGAGUGAUCUUACGGCCAGAUACAAUCAGCGAAGAUCCGACGGUUAAUAUUCAAUCAAGUGGAAAGAGUAAUAAAGCAUCUUCCGUUCUGAAGCAAUUACUAUCUUGGGGUUCCAUGUCUUUCAAGUGUGGGCCCGGUUAUGGCAAAGAAAAUCGAUUUUCCAUAAUUUCACAAUAUAAAUCGAGACUGCCACGUGUUAGGGGCUCUAAUCAAGUGGAGAAGGAUGUAGAGAGUCCAAUGGUGGAAUAUCAUGGAAGUGAAGAGAUAAUUAAGUUGGAGGACAAAGAGUACUUUAGUGGGAGUUUAAUAGAGAUAAAGAAGCAGAAAAUUCCAGCUCUAAAGAGAUCGUCUUCGUACAAUGUGGAAAGGAGUACAAAAUUGGAACUGACUGACAAAAAAGGAGAAAUGAAAACAAAUGCAUUCUGAGAAAGCAAAAGAAUCAGUCAACCAGAAAGGAAGAAAACAGUGACUUGUCUUGCAGUAAUUACAUUAUAAUUGCCACUGUUUCUAUUAAUAUAUACUAGCUAGUGAUCAACAUGGUGCGUAACAAGAUAAACAGAUGAUAGUGGUUAUGCCCCACGUCUAGAACUUACAACAUAAGCAGUAGAUGAUUAGGAAAUAGGAAAAUUCGUGGAGACAAUAUCUCCUGAUCUCAGUUGUAGUUUUUGUAAAUUCAUUCAUGAAAGGCUGAAAAUUCGUGGAG